AUGAGGAUAAUCGCAACCCUACUCAUCUGCUCUUUAUUCAUCGAAUCGAUCGAAAGCAGACCGAGUUUCGCAGUCAAAAGACUGAAAGGAGUUGUAGAUCUGGAUAAUAAACACGACAUCAAGAAUCUGAUAGGAGUACUGAAGAACUACCUUCACAACAAAAAUACCGAUGGAACGACCGAAGACUCAGAGAACGGUGAAGUUAUCGCUGAGGAAGAAAGAUCUGAAAUCGGAGGAAACUCUGAACAAACAGGAGAAGAGACCAUACCUGGAGAAUCUGAUGUACAAGAAGCACACGCCGGAACUACCAGAGGCAAUGUUCGAGUUUACAAAUACAAAGUUGAUUUCUAUACAAUGGAUCAUCCACUGUCAGAGGUCAAGAAAUGGAUGAAGAAAGGAUUCAACGCCUGGAGCAACCCCAGAAUAGAUGCCUACUUGAGGAAACAUAACUGUCCCACUUUGAAGUUCGAGGAAACCACGAAUAACGACUACGAUUUCGCGAUCAACUUUGAUUACGAGUUUUUCGAUCGAUACGAUCCAAACAGAUUGCUGUCUUGGUUCUGGGAGGCAGACAAAACUAUUUACAUCAACGACCACCACGACCUGAGACGAGACUGGAUUGCUCAUGCUGUCGCUUACGAUACAUGUGACAUGUUGGGCUGCAAAUGUACAAAACACGCCGGACAAAACGAGAUCAUGGCCUGUGGACCCGUCUCAGACUGGGACAUCUUCGAGCCAACACGCCAUGACUUCAGGACCAUGGCAGCUGCCCUCGGAUGUCAAACACCCAACCUGUGGUGAUCAACCCAUUUUUGGGGACACCGGACAAUUUGAAGUUUGGAAAUAGGGAGCGAGGUUAAACUUGCCACUCAGGAAAAGAUUGAGAACUUGGAAGACGGACCUGGAUUUAUUUUUUUCGCGAGUGACGUUAUUUCAAUUAUUUGAGAUUUGACUUUUAUUUUUUCCUUGAUUGUGUUUUAUUUAUUUCGGGUUAAGUUAAUGUUGAGUAAUAACUUAAGAUUGUACAUUUUAUUUAUUUUAUUUAUUUGAACGUGCAUUUUCAGUGCACUAGUGUUAUAUUUGCUGUGCAAUGACCAUAUUUGUUCAAAUUCGAUUACAUAUUCAGAAUAUACGAGUUUUCUUUGUUCAAAAGUACAAUAUCUACAUCAAAUUCUACCUCAAAUCGGAUGAAUCUAGCACAUAGUGAACUUCGGAUCUGAAGGUGGGGCUUAGGUAGCCUCUGUCUUUAAAUGUUAUAAUAUUUUCUUAUCAAA